AUGCCAGCCGCAAACCCAAACACCUCCCAUUCUGCCAAAAAGCCCAUGGGGCCAGGAGACAAAAGAAUCGUCCUUGGAUUAGAAAACCUCUCGGUGAUUCCACUUCAAUUAUCCAGUAUCGCAAAAAAGGAUAUACACGAAGCUGAGUGCUGCGAAAGAGGGAUUCGAUUUUCACAGAGUGUGAAGGGGAAGGAGAGAGGAGAUUAUCAAAUUUCAGACUAG